AUGUGCCAAAUCAACAUCAUCCACUUCUCCCACCACCACGACUUCUUCCGCCCCGCCAAAGAAGCACCCAACACCUCCAUCACAUACAACAACUGCCACCUUUCCAACCCUACCAGACCAACAACCGAAGAUGACGAUGGAUCCAUCAUGUCCCUCCUCCAACGCCUGCCUCAACACCACUUCGUCCUUUGCCCAACCCACACCCACACCAAUAAUCACCACUGCCUAGUUUACAAGCAGACGAUGCCGUGUCUCCUGCAAAGGUUCCAUUCUGCUGCUACUGCUGCUGCUGCUGCUGCUGCUGCUGCUGCUGCUGCGGAAGUUCAUGUUAACGCUAACAGUAAUGCUAACAGUCAUGCUAACAGUCAUGCUAACAGUCAUGCUAAUAGUCAUGCUAACAGUGAUACCGACUGGGAAGGCGAUGCCGGCGUAAACGUAUCAUCAACCUGUCCCAACCUGGAAAUAACACAUGAACACCACCCGCUGAGUUUGAUCACUGACAUCAACAACAACAAGGUCAACGAGUCCGAAGCAGUCAUAUCAGGAGCUAUUAUUCAACGCUUGCAUAGUACGAGUGACAGUGUGGACAGUGUGGACAGUGAGACCACCACCACCCUGUUGUCCCAAGCCAAAACUGCACUUUUGUCCACUGCAGACGAGAUCCACCAGCAGACAGUGGAACUAAACACCCACAUCCUCGAAACAUGUUCACUUUUGGAAUCCCUGUAUCGAGAACUUGCUGCUUUUCCUACUACUACUCAACCGACGACGCCCCUCCAACGGGCGCAAACCCGGGCUCUGCUGUUUAUGCAGUUGGAGUUGGAGGUACCACUCCAUCGCGCAAGCGAGCUAUGUCACAAAAUCAACCAAGCCGACGCAAAAAUCCGUGAGUUGUUCAAGACCUCCUUUUUGCAAAGACGUAAAGACAUGUCUGAUUUGCUUGUGGCUAUUGAGAGGAAAUGUGCGAGCCAGGGAGAGGGUACUACUGAUUGUGGCGUGUAUACUAUAAGCAAGGCGAGACGGGAUCUAAGGCAGUUGUCGACGGAAAAUAUAAGAGAGGUGUGUGAGGAACCGGUUAGGAGAGGGAGGGAGGUGGUGGGGGAGGUGGUGAGGGUGUUGGAGGGUGUGGAAAACUUGAUGCGGGUUUAG